UGUACAUUAUGUUAUAUGCAUACAUUGUUUGGGUCACGGUGGUUAACAUAUCAUCAUGUAAAGAGUGCACAAAUAAUGCAGAUUUGCAUCCGCCAAGUGUUUUGAAUAAUGGGGCAACACCAAGUGUUGGGGCUGAUGUUGAAUUAUUGUGCCAAACCACCGAUAUCAAUAAAAACUACAAAUAUGGUUGGUAUUUUGAAGGUAAUGAAGUAUUGUCUGAUGGUCCGCAUCUGAGAAUUCUUAAUAUAACUGUGGACAAUGUCGGUAAAUAUCAAUGUGAGGUAAAGGGCGAGUGUGGAAUGUCAUCAUUAUCUGACAUGAUGUACUUAAAUAUUGAUGGCGUCAUACGUCAACUCACAACGGAGGCUCCAAGUCAGACAGAUAGAUGGAUAGUGAUCGUAUGUAAUAAUGUUAUACUGGUUAUCAUGUGUGUAAUAGUUGGAAUAAUAUGUUGUGUUGGCUACUACAGAAAUAAAAAGAGCAAGAACGCCAGAACAUAUAAAUACAGAAAAACUCAAAAUAACACUGAGAGUGGAACUCUGGAAAUGAAAUAAAUUUAUUGUGUUUAUG